GAUAUUGUAAGUAACGUCACGCGCGUGUGUCGGAACUGAAUGGCUUCUGAAUUGACAAAUGCCACGAUUUACCUACAACGACGUCACUUGCAGAUAAAAUCAUAUCGUCUGAGUCUUUACAACGAUUGCAAGAAAACGAUUUGAAAAAAAGCGUCCGUCGAGCCGGAGUCGAACCAGCGACCUAUGGAUGUCUAUGAAUUUUCCUCUACAGUCCACCGCUCUGCCAACUGAGCUAUCGACGGUUGGUUUAGCUGGAACAGAUAAGAGGAGAUCUAUCGGAAGGAUUCUGAGGUUUUUGUUUCAGCAUGCGGAACAAAGUAGCAACCCUACUUCUUUUAACUGCAGUGAUACUUGGUUGCUUUGAUUCAGGAAAAGGCUCCUCGAACUCAAAUCGGAACUUGCUCGAGGAUUAUGGAUCUGGAGACGUCGCGACUGAAGGUAAUACGUGCCCACCAUCCACAACUCAGAAAACAGACAACUUCGUUGAUAAGGUGCUUGAUGAAGUCAGACCAAAGCUUUCUGAUGCAAUCAAUCUUCCCGAACGAACUGGCAGAUUCAAACUUUUCAAUGGCACCUUGGAAAAUUUAGGGUCCAUAACGAGGAUAGGUCCAUCCUUUACUCGUUGCUCAGAUACUACCUUCAGUUUCCUGGUUCCUCUUAGUCUCUCCAAUCUUUUUGCAAAAUACGCUUGGCAGUUUCAUCCUUUUAAACAACUCCCGUUCUUCAAUGGGACAAUCAGCAUAAUUGUUAAAGAAGUUCUAGGCAAAGUUUACUAUACCAGAGCAAGGAAAGAUUUGGAACAAUUUUAUGACACCAAUCCACCAAAAGCUUUUGUGGAGGAAGUGAAAAUUUCCAGCUUGAAAGGAAUGCAUGUUAGCUUUAAUGGUCUUGGGCCAUUUAAUAGUAUUGCAUCCAGAUUUACGAGUAGCGUGGCUAAAUAUUUUAGCACUGCAUUGUCCCAUGUUUUGGAAGGUUUCGUGAAGCGCGUUAUAAAUGAAGAAUUGCAAAACGUUGAAAAAUAUGAAACUUUUUAUUUUUAAAAUGUCGUACAUGGAAUCAGUUAGUAGGAUAGCAUCGUUAUCUGUAAUUGUAUAAAAUAAUGGAUGCAAUAAAAAGAUAGUUUUAUGUCGGAUAUAAACAAGAUAGAUAUUUUUUUUAAAAAAUAUUUCCAGAGGGUGCAUAGAUCUGAGAAGAGUUGAUUUUGCAAUCAAAUGCCUGAGCAAUGAAUAGUAAUCUUAAUUCCCAGUAAUCGUUUUUAAUAAGAUAAAUAGCAUGGGGAAAAAUGAAAAAAAUCAAUUCUUUAUUAAACUAAUUUAGGCGAACUUUUUUGCGGAUGGAGGAAAAAUUUCAAGGGAAUAUGUCUCCUCUGGAAAUUUUUAAAAAAACAUUCUCUUUUAUAUUUGAUAAACCCUAGAUUAUUUUAUUUUCACCAUAAAUUACUUUAAUAUCAUUGAUAUGUUUUUUAAUGAUGAAUAUUAACACUUUUUAAAAACUUUUAACUGGAAAGGAACUGAUAUUUCUUUUCUUAACAUAUUUAGUAAUAUUAUAUGUUCACGUGUACAAUGCUCGAAAUAAAAAACCCUCUACCAUUUUAACUUUUGAUCUAACAAUCGUAUUUUCACGUACCUAGAUCUUAAAGAUUCAAAAGACUUGAAUUAAAAACACUUAUUAUUAAGCGCAGAUGAUAUUUUAAGUUACAAAAUCAGUCACAGAAACGUAUUUUGUCUGAAUUGACUUACCUUUUUUCGACUGAUUUCGAUUUUUAAUCCUUAAAAUAUGAGGACUGUCGUAAUCUGGUAUAUAUCAUCAAUCAUCAGGAAAGUGGUCGAAUGUUAGUUCUUCUUAAUAUUAAUCUUACUUUUUCCGUAUUUCGCCAUAUCUUUGGAACUAUUUAAGCAAAUCGAAAACUUUUUGCAUGGAAUUAAGUAAAUUUUGAUGAGUGAAAAUAGAAAAUUAGAAUGAAUUCUGAAAUUAGAAUGAAGUUCAUGAGAAUUAAAAAAAAUUAAGAAUGUGAGAUUUUAAAAUUUAUUACUCAGAAACAAUUAGACUGAUUUCAAUCAAAUCUUAUGGUCUGUCAUGUAAAAUUAUAUAAUUUAAGAUCGGAGUUAGUACGACAAAAUUGGGUUAUUGGAUCACAAGUUAAUAAGGUGUUCCGCGCAGUACAUCAUUUGUACAUAAGUUUCUAAACAUAUUCUGGGUGCAAUGUAAUCCUACAAUUAGUUUUUGUAAUUCUAUGGAAAUAUUUGCGGUUCGUGGACUCUGGAUUUUUCAAAUUUCUUUGAAAAAUGAUUGUGAAAUUGAAAAAUUGCGCUGUCUUACACAUUGCGAUGAUUCUACUACUAUUCCAUUUCGACAAAUAAGUAUUCAUCUUUGUCAAUUUGCUAUAUAAGAAUACAUGUUCAGAGGAAAUCAAACUUGACUAUAGAUAAGUUUCAAAACUAACAAAUAAAUGCCCGGUACCUUGAUUUGUCUAAAACCCACAGAUAUAUACAUUGCACGUCUAAAGAUUUUUCGCAUAUCUAUAGAGCUAUGUUAGCUUGCAUAUGCUUAAAAAUUGUACAAUUUCUGUGAAUAAAAUAUUUUAUUUUUGACUUAA